AUGUCUCCAUUUCUCCACCAAACUCCUCCAUCUUUCCGCGUUUCACCAACAAGGGCAAUCGGAAAAACUAGCCAACUAUGUACGGAGUACAUCAGGGUCAACAUGAGGGUUCAACGCAGCAAAUGGAAUGGUAUCUGUCAAAAUCAUGCCUCGUUGCCUUCCUUCGUUUUUCCUCCUUUCAUGCUUUUUCCGCCGUUCGCAUCGGUUAAAUACGCAGCGAGAUAUGGUAACAUUCGUCUGCAUUUUGGUCUCACAUGA